AUGUCUGAGCAAGAAACAGCCACCGCCCCCAUCCCCGUCGUCCCAGUCACCGCCAGUGCAGUAGCCCCUGCCUGGCCAGAGCUCACCCCCGAGCAUCCUCUCCUCCAGUUUCACUCUCGCCUCGCGACCAUCCUCUCUACGGCCGACCACUCUCAAAUCUGGGGCGUCACCCUCUCUGCCGCCACUCCCCCCCAGUUUAGCACUUUGCUGAUCUUGCAAAAGUAUCUACGCUCCGUGAGCGGUGAUGUCGAUGCCGCGGCUGCGGCGUUGGAAAAGACGCUCCAGUGGAGGAAGGAGUUCGGCUUGGACAAGCCUGAGGGCGAGAAGCGAGAGGAGUUUGGAAGUGAAUUAGAUGGCCUUGGAUAUGUGACCAAGGUCAAGACGAGUGAGGGGAAGGACGAGGUGGUUACUUGGAAUGUGUAUGGUGCUGUCAAAGACUUCAAGGCGACUUUCGGGGACUUGGACCGCUUCCUCAAAUGGCGAGUCCACCUCAUGGAGGAAACCAUCGCCCAUCUUCACCUCUCGAUCACCUCUACCCCCAUCCCCGACUUCUCCCUCACCUCUCCCCAAGCCGACCCCCACCGCAUCGCCCAAGUCCAUCUCUACGAAGGCGUCUCCUUCCUCCGCAUGGACCCCCACGUCAAAGCGGCAUCCAAAGCCACCAUCGAGCUCAUGACCGCACACUACCCCGAGCUGCUCUCACGAAAGUUCUUUGUGGGCGUACCGCUCGUGAUGAGCUGGAUGUUCCAGGCGGUGAGGAUGUUUGUGAGCGCAGAGACAGCGAAAAAGUUUGUGGUCAUCAGCUACAAGACGAAUCUUGCGGCGGAGCUGGGGGAGAAGGAUGGUGUGCCGGUGGACUGUGGAGGGACGGGGCCUGCGUUGGCGGAGCUGCAAACGGCAUUGGUCAAGGCGGACCCUGUUCAAGUGUAG